UGCUGCAGUUGCCGGCAGGUCUGACGAGCAGUCUCAGUCUGCGUUUGGCGUUUGGUGGCCGUGCCGAUCGAAUUCGCGUGCAUCCUCGUCCAGCGAUGACAUUGAGUGAGCAAACGGAUUACCAAUAGCUGUUGCCGCCACCGCCUUCCGAAGCCCACUUCCACAGACUUCCUCGACCUUAUUGCCUGCGUGACUCCAAUCGGCCGCGAUGAGCGACACCGGCAGCUGCGGGGGCGGCAGUCAGCCCAGCGAGGGCAGCACCGCCUCCAUGAAGGAGGACCACAGCAUCAUCACGGUGGACCAGAACGGCGAGCAGGAGCGCCUCACCACCGUCGUUAUCUCCAGCACCGAUCCGCAGUCCAACAGGAACGGAAUAGACAACAUGGCAUUCCAGCCUGAGACUGACAGCGAGAAACACUCCAAGCCGGCAGAGGCAGUAAACCUCGAGUUGGUGAACAUGGCCCCUUUUGGCUCAGAAAAGGAGAAGACCAACGGCAACCACAACGGCCACUCGGUCGCUGAAAUUCCCACCAAGAACGGCAAGUCCGAGGACUCGGCGUUCAGCAACGACCCAUACGACGAGUACUUUGUUCCAGUCAACGAGCAUAGGAAAUAUAUUAGGGGUGUAUUUUCCAGAGGAGAAAAACUGUAUGUGACCAAAGACAGAAGAGAAAAGAAGAGCUGCAAGAAGCCGAUCUGCUGCGGAAUGACCCUCCUCAUUCUGGCGGCGGUGAUCUUCGUCGUCGUGCUUAUAUCAACUGGUCAAAUGAAUCAAGAAAGUAUGGCAUCUAAAGAAAAGCUAAACACUGGCAGCAUUGGUGGAGGUGUUGGAGUGAAAACCCCAGUAAGCACAAGCACUGCGCCAACGAUAGUCGUGCCUACAAUCCCAACAGCAGCGCAACCUUUUGUUCCAAGGGCCGUGGAAGGAAUGUUAACAAUAGACAGCAUGGAUUUCGACAAUGAUUUGUACGAUUCGAACUCAAUUAAAUACAAAGAAAUGGCAGCUAAUUUAGAGGAAGAGAUCAAAAGAGCGAUCUUUGAUCAUCAGACCAUCAAUUAUGGAUCAUCUGACAUUGUAAUCAAAGUGCAGCAAUUCACGCCUGGCAGUAUCGUUGUUCGCUAUAGAAUUGCUUGGAUUCCCAAAGCAAGUGAACCAACCUCCGACCCAAUCAACAAGGAUGACCUUCAAGCAAAGAUGACCGAAUAUUUGCGCAACAACGGCGGAUACCUGUACAUGUACAAAAUCCACUCUCCUUCUGUCCAGUCCUCUUUGAUCAUGAACGAAUGCACAAUGAACAACGGUGGUUGCUCCCAUGAGUGUCACUUUGAUUAUAAGAGUUCUCUGAAAACGACUUGCUCAUGCCCACCGGGACAAAAGCUUGGCUCUGACAAAGUAACCUGCAUCCUAGAUGUUGUUCUCGAAGGUGACCAUGACAUGCACGAUCACCAUGCUGACCACUCAACCACUGCCGAGCCAGAGCCAAAGUCUCUUGACCACGACCACGACCAUGAAUCCCACGCAGAGCCGGAACCUUCCAGCGAGCCCGAACCUACGAGUGACCACGAUCACCAUGAUCAUCACCAUUAUGGCUCUAACGCUGAACCUGAACCGUCAAGCGAGCCAGAGCCUUCUAGUGAACCUGAACCGUCCAGUGAACCCACCAGUGAUCACGAUCACCACGACCAUGAUCACCACGACCAUGAUCACCAUGACCACGACCACAAGGAUCACUACCACGGAUCCAAUGCCGAGCCUGAACCCUCCAGCGAACCUGAACCUUCAAGUGAACCCACGAGUGAUCACGAUCAUCAUGGCAAUGUUCACCACAGUUCAACUGCUGAGCCUGAACCAUCCAGCGAGCCUGAGCCAGAUAGUGACGCUGCUAGAGGUCACGAUCAUCAUGUGCAUAUCCACGCUGUUGAAAGCUCCAGCGCUGAGCCUGAACCCUCUGUUGAGCCUGAGCCUUCAAGUGAGCCAACCAGCCAUGUCUCAAGCAAGGAUGAUGACCACUCAAAGGCUGAGCCAGAGCCGUCAAGUGAGCCUGAACCGCAAGGUGACCACGAUUCAAAGGCUGAGCCUGAACCCUCAAGUGAGCCUGAAGCUAAGGAAGACUCGAAGGAGGAGCAAAAGUCUAGUGAGGUAAAGGCUGAGCCUGAACCAAGCGCGGAGCCUGAACCUAGCGCGGAGCCUGAACCUAGCGCGGAGCCUGAACCUAGCGCGGAGCCUGAACCAGCUAGCGUGGACCACCACCACAUAACUCCCGAAGAAAUUCAUCUCAGUAUGCAGACAGGAGUAGUUUAUUCAGAAAAGCCUGAAGCUGCGAGCGGGGACCACCAUAAUCAUGACCACCAUGAUCAUGACUACCAUCACCAUGGACAUGACCACCACCACUCAGUUGAGGAAUCAAAGUCGCAGCCUGAACCACCUGCAGACUCCCAUGAAGAGGAGCACUCCGUUUCAGAGGAAAAGAAUUCCAGCGAGGGGCGCGGAUUUGAUGAUUUCAUCACUCGCUCUUUCCCAAAGGCGGAAAUCGACACUGACUGGCACAAGGAUCAUCAUGAAAAUGUCGACGACAUUUCAAAAGACGUUGAAAAUAUCCAUCUGGCCAACCAUUACUUGAGUUCAAGCACCACGGAGAAGAUGCCAGUAGAAAGCCAUGAAGAGUCGAAAAAUGUAGAAGACGCAGAAAAAGCAGCUGAAGUUGUUCCCGCUUCUGAAGAUCACCAUGUUGAGGAGCCCAUGGUCCUUGAGGUUAAACCCAUGAUUGUAGAGGAGGAAAAGAAAUCUGAGACCGAUUCUUCUGAAAAGUCGGAGGAGUUGAAAGAGGAAAUGUUAAGCGAUAAGCACAAGGAGGAGAAGGAUGAAAGCCGGGACCCAUCGCUGGAAGUAGAAGCUGUUUCAACUGUGGUAAAAUCUGCUGAAGACAGCCUGGAAGUCCACAACCAGGUGCAUCACGGCGAACCUGCUUUGCAGACGGGAGUUGUUUAUUCAGCAGAAAAUCCCGAAAAGGACGAAAAUGCCACUGAGGCCGUUGAAGCUGACACUGAAAGCAGCUCUGGAGCCGACACUGAAAACCCUCUGAUCGAAAACGAAACCGAAAAGAGCAGUGAGGAGAUGAAAAUGGAGGAAGUUUUCAGCUCAUCCACGGGAGCGCCUUCCACCACGGCGCACGCAAUUUCAUUGGAGCACAGUCCCACAUCUGAGCCGGAAAUAAUUAAGACCGAUGAUUACGACGCCAAAAAUGAUUUGCUAGCCAGCAGUGAAGAUGAAAAGAACAUUGCCCAAGAGCCAAAGUCACCCAUGAUUGAUGAUGGACUUGAGUCGGUUUUUCUCAACAGAGAACAAGUUCAAGUCACUUCCACGGUCGCUCCCAGCGCUGCUCGGGAAAUCAAGGACGAAAAUAUUGAGCUGAACGAUCUCUUUUCUAACGACAAGGAGGAGGUGUCUGAAAAUCCCAAAUCGCACUUUGAGCAGCCAAAAACCCAGGAGUCGAGGAAGCUCAAUGAUGCUGAAACCCCAGACAAUGAUUUUUCAGACGUGAAACAUAAAUCCAUCAAGAAAAAGGAAAAGGAGGAAACGCACUAUGAAGUUGAGUUUGUGGAAAAGACCAAAAAGCUGGGAAAAGAGAAGUUUGAGAAAGACGACGAAGCACUGAAGGAUAAAAAGAAGAUUAUUGACAACGUAGAGAGCGAGAAACCCAAGGAGCCCGAGACAAUCGUGAAAACUGAAGAGGUUGAAAUCUCGGCUGAAAAACCAGAGGAACCUGCUGAAUCAAAGGAGACGACUGAAGAAGUUUCUCCAACCACCAUGAAGGCUGAUGGCGUGGAGACUUCCUUUGAUAACGGAGAGGGAAAGAUUGAUGUCAGAUUCAACAGUAGCGAGGACGAUAUGCCGACGGAGCGCAACGACAAAAGCAUGGAAGUAGCCGACUUUGGCACUGAAAUCCCCAUCAAGGAAAAGGAAGAGGAAGCCACUGAGGUGAGCAUGUCGCAAGAGCAAGGCCUAGAAGAAAGCACUCCAACUGACGAGAAAAAAGCGGAUCAGGACAUUAAAGAUGAAGCAGUUAAGCCUGAGGGGAAGUUGAUUGCCAGCGACGAAAUUAUUGCUUCUAUCGAAAAUGGAGCGGCAACCGAGGCCUCCACUGACGAGGCCAUGACCGAUGUGGCCAACACAGAUAUGCCGUCCAGCACUGAAGCUUCUGUUUCGACAAGCGCGCCUGCCCCCGUCAAAGAGGCGGCCCCCGUCAGAGAGGCGGCCCCCGUCAGAGAGGCGGCCCCAGUUAGAGAGGAGCCUGAGCAACACAUGGCCGUUGAACCCCCUGUGGCGCCUACUUUUUCUCGCUGCUCGACUGGACAGUUUGAAUGUUUGAACGGCACCUCAACAAAUGGACCUUGCAUCAGUCAGUCUUCCAAGUGCGAUUCGUUCAACGACUGUUCCGAUGGCUCUGACGAAUUUGGAUGCAUUGAAGACAAAUGCCCAGGAAACUUCCAGUGUGAGAGUGGACAGUGCUUGAAGAGACACCUCGUCUGCAACGGAAUUGUUGACUGCUCGAAUGACGGAAGUGAUGAAAAGAAUUGUGAAAAGUGGGAAUGCAAGUUUGACGAAAUGAAGUGCCCGUCUGGCAGGUGCAUCCCUCUGUUGUGGCAGUGUGAUGGAAAGGCGCACUGUGAAAACCACUUUGACGAGCAAAACUGCCAAGACAUCUGCGGCAACGAUGAGUACAGGUGUUCAGAGGGCAGGUGCAUUCCACAAGCCUGGAGGUGCAACGGCAAGGCUGAGUGCACUGAAGGCGACGAUGAGAAACUUUGCGACUGUUCACUGGACCAAUUUAAGUGUAAGGCUGGAGGCUGCGUGAUGAAAUCCCAGAUUUGCGACGGAGAGCCGCAGUGUCCUGACAAGAGCGACGAAUGGGACUGUUUGAGAAUCAACGACGAAACGCUGCAGCUGCAAGUCAGGUCGAACGAAGGCAAGUGGCUGAAGGUGUGCUCUGACAACUGGGACACCAACUGGAGCAAGGCUGCGUGCCAGAUGCUUGGAUUUAGUGAUGCUGUAUACACCAACUACCCAUCUCUGCUUGUUGAUGACGACGAACGCGUCUUGGCGCUGAAGCCAUCUGCUGGAAAUGCUUCUCAGGCCCUUUCGAUUCUCGGAGCUUUGGAGAAGGCUCCUUCAGACUCUUGUACCUCAAACAAAACUGUGGAAGUUUCUUGUCACAGCUUUGCAUGUGGAAGGACCCAAAUCAGCGCUGGUCUGAACGCCAGGGUGGUUGGAGGUCACAGGGCCUCAGAUGCUCAAUGGCCAACCGUCGCCCUGAUGUUCAACACAAAGCUAAAAACAGGGUGCACUGCCAGCAUCAUCAGUCCCAUUUGGCUCCUAGUCUCUCUAAGCUGCAUUAAGAAUAAGGAUUCCACUUUGAGCGCGGAGAACUGGCAACUCUACGCUGGCGGUACCAUGUUCAACGCCGAAAACCAAGAUCCCAAAAUGCAAGUGCGCAACAUAAGCAGCAUCAUCGGCCACCCGCAAUUCCAAUACAACAGAUUCUUGUUUGAGCAAGACGUCGCCCUGAUCAGAGUGGCCAAGCCACUGAUCCUUGAUGAGCAGUUGGUCACCGCAAUCUGCCUCAGUGGCAAGAUCGUGGACCCCAAACCUCCGCUCUGUGUCACUGCAGGCUGGGGAUACAACUCCAGAACUCCAAGAGAUGGGAAUCUUCGCCAGUAUUUGCAUUAUUUGCCAGUGCCAACGUUUGACACUCAGGAAUGCAACUCAACCAGGCAUUACAAUGGACAGAUCGCCGAGGGUCACAUCUGUGCUGGUUAUACUGACGCGGAACGGUCGCCUUGCGAUAACGACGAGGGUGCUCCUUUGAUGUGCGUCAAUGAAGACAACACGUGGGAGCUGCAGGGUCUGCUAACGUACCACAGCUACUGUGGCCGAGGCCUUCAUCCGUCCAUUUUCAUCUCAGUGAGUCCUCUGAAACAGUGGAUCGACCAGACGGUUGGCUCCGACUUCGCUCACGCAGCCACCACAACCAGAUAGGAGAAUGCGAAUGGACUGCACUUUUGAAUUUAGGGAUGUGAUGAUCUGUGUAGCUGAACCAGUUUUUAAAUCUUGGAACGAAUCAAAUUAGUUUGAGGUGUUUAUAAGAAAAAGUAAGCAACUGCUCUUUAAAAUGGUUGCCAUGAAUCUGCUUUAGCUUCUUCCAGAUAAAAUUUAUCUGAGCCAAACAGGCUUUUUUCUGCUUUCCUGUAAAUACAUUAUGUUCUUAUAAUUUGUAAGUACGAUCAACGGAUAUCAUGUGUCAAAUAAUAUGAUCUAUAGACGGAAACUUUAACGAAGACUCAGCCUGUACCCUAAACUGCCCCUUAUCUUAAAACUUCCCUGACAUUAUACAGUUUUUUAUUAUAGGAAGGAAAAGUAUUGUGUGGCAUAGAGGGCAUCUUUCAUUCGGUCUCCGUUGUAGCUUUUUUCCAAAAGGAAAUGGUUGAAAUCUCAAAGAGAGGUGCUAAGCAAAUGAAGUCUAUUCAUAUAAGUCGUCAUGAGAAAAUUGCGUUGCUGGCCAAGACACAUAGGAUUAAAUAUGUUCUUUUAAAAGCUGCUGUACACAUGGAUCCAGCAGUCAGUCAACACGAGAGGAUUUUUAUAUCCUAAUUAUUUGGACCGCUGGAGUUGGUGCUUAAUCGCGCAAUAUCUUCAAUUUGCUGACUUUUUUGUAACUUCAAGAAAUGAGUAUGGAUUUGUUUUUGCGACAUUUUUGUGAAUAAAAAAAUUAUAUUGGAUGAAAGCGAACCAGUAGAUUAAAUUUAAUGCUGAAUGUGCUCAUUAUUUUAGCUAUUUUGCUACACAUAAAAUAAAUAUAAUAAAUAAAGUAAUGAGAAGAUUGAGUGCCUCUUUCGAGAAUCUUAUUGAGCUGAAUCUGUUCAUAUAAUAUAGUUCCACAAAGUUUAAUAGUGUCUUCUUUGAACACGAUAUAUUAAGGUGUAAAAGUAUAUUCCAGAGUGUAAAAAUUUUCUUCAAUUUUUGUGUACUGUACGUUGUACCAUACUAAAUCAAUGAAAUAAAUAAAAAUCGUAUUUCAACACAAUAAA